CUUCACGAAACAAAAAAUACACGCAACGCACAAGGACACAAAGAUCGGGCGAUGAAGGCAGUUCUUUGGCGACAAGGGGCGCAGAAGCAAAUGUGGCAAUUUGGGACCAUCAACGAAGACGGAUCUCCUAAUGGUUGUUAUGCCCCAAACAUCCUCAACUAUUUAAUCAACAUCCCCGUUCGCGAGGUGUUUUAUGAUCCGCCGGUUCCUGCCAUUGCAUAUACACCAUUACCAACACCUCCUGCUGUAUUGAUGGGUACUAAUAUUACCAUCGACUUAUAUGAAGUUCAGCAGUCAGUUUUACUUUUGCAGGAAAAGUGA